AUGUCAAGUACCGGCAUUCCUCCGAACCCUUCACCUAGCAUGGUGUUGCAGCUGCUGCAACGAAUGACCGAUGCGGAUCCAGACUUCCGAUUCAUGUCCCUCAACGACCUGCUCCAGCUCCUUACUAUCGCAAAGCCUGACCUGCUCCACCAUGAGUACAACAUCGGAGCCCGGACGGUAGAUGCUCUUGCGAAGGCGCUCGACGACCAAAAUGGAGAGGUUCAGAAUCUUGCCGUCAAGUGCCUAGGUCCCCUCGUAGGCAAGGUCCACCCGACCAUCGUUGCGCCGAUGCUCGACAAGUUGGCGUCACUGAAGCUCAAGAACUCGGUCGACAACUCCCUGCCGAGCAUGGCGCUCCGUGCCGUUGUCAUCGCCCUACCUCGACCGGUUCCCGGCGUUCCCCCCACGCCCGACGUCGCGAAUGCUUACAACGCUGUCAGCCGCGUUGUCAUCCCCCGCCUAAUCGUUCCCGCGCAGCGCCAGCAUCUACAGAACGAGCAAGCGAAACAGAAGCUCCCCCCGCCUCCGCCUUACAUGUUCGAUAAGGCCAGUGAUAUGACCCCCGAGGCCGUCGACGUCAUGAUCGAAGUCGCAAGGUGCUUCGGUCCUCUGCUUCAGACCUAUGAAGCGGAAUCAAUGCUUGAGUCUCUCUUGAGUCUCCUCGAAACGGAGCAGGGCUCGUCCGUCAUGAGAAAGAGGGCUGUGGCCGCUAUCUCGAUCAUGGCUCUUUAUAUCUCAGACAGCGCCCUCCAGACUCUAGUCAACCACAUGUCCAUUGCUCUACAGAACCCCAAGGUAUCAUCGUUGACGAGGAGGUUAUAUAUUGCCGUCAUGGGCGCUAUGGCUAGGUGCAUUCCGCGCAGGUUCGGCCAAAAUCUGCCUCACCUCGUCCCCUUUAUUCUCGGUGCUUUGAGCGAGGAGGAGCUAGAAACACACAUGGCCAAAAUUAGUGACGGAGAAGACGUUGCCCCGGACUUCAACGAGGUCCACGAAGCUGCCCUCAUUACCCUCGAGGCUUUCCUCUCGGCCUGUCCUCAGGAGAUGCGCCAAUACACCGACGACACAAUCGCUGCCUGUCUUCGAUUCCUCAAGUACGAUCCGAAUUACGCGUUUGGCGACGACGGUGAUGACGAGGAAAUGGGAAGCGAUGAGGAUGAGGAAGAAGAGGAGGAGGAAGACGAGGACGAUCUGGAUGACGGGUUUGACGAUGAUGACGAUGACUCAAGUUGGAAAGUAAGACGUUGUGCGGCCAAGGCGCUCUAUACCCUCAUCUCUACCCGAGCGAGCGGUGACCUCCUCGAAAGUGGGGUUCUAUAUCAACAAACUGGGCCCAUCCUCGUGAAGAGAUUCGAGGAGCGAGAGGAGAACGUCCGACUAGAGGUCAUCUCGGUACUCUCCCUCCUAGUCAGGAAGACUGGCGAGGGCGUUGUCCCGGUGGAUCUCGUGGAUGAUCAAGAGCACGACCUUCACGGAGCUCUCCCGGUGAACCGAAAGCGGCGCCGACAGAGCAGCGUUGGUGGUGGCGUAGGCGGCCCGCGAAUCGCUAUGGCUGGUCUCGGGUCGCCCAUUCAAGAGAGGGUACCUCAAGUCGGACCGCAUGCGGAUCUGGCGAGGCUAGCUCCGUCCAUCAUCAAGGCAUCCGUCAAGCAGCUCAAGGGAAAGCUAGUCCCUACAAAGCAGGCCAUCAUUGGGCUGCUAGACGACAUGGUCAACACACAGCGCGGUGGUCUUGGUGAGUUCUUCACGAGCAUCUGGGCCCCAAUCAUGGAUUCUCUCCAAACCUCGGGGGCUGGCGGUUCUUCAUCUUUGGCUUUGUCAGGAGGAAACGCCUCUGCUACGCCUACCACCUUACGAAUUGCUACGCUGCGACUGAUCAGCGACAUCUCAAAGACGCACUCCUCGAGCACCCUGCAUCCUUAUCUUGCCAAGAUCGUGGCUGGGGUGAUUAAGGCCGUUGAUGACAAGUUCUACAAGAUUUCCGUUGAGGCCAUCCGGGCGGCGGAGGAGCUAGUUAAGACCAUCACUCCCCCCAGAUCCCGACAAACGGCCCAGAAAUUCAAGGGAGAACUACAGAAACUGUUUGAAGUGAUCAUGGACAGAGCGAACUCGACAAGUGCGGAUGCAGAAGUUCGCCAGCGCGCUAUUCACGCGCUCGGCACACUGCUUUCCAGGACUUCGAGCGCGGACGGCGCCAACUUGCUGCCCUCGGAAGCUCGACAGGCAGCCCUUGGCGUCCUACUUGCCCGUUUGAAGAAUGAGACUACUCGGCAGGCAUCAGCCAAGGCAAUCGACAGUGUGGCAGCCUUUAAUACCAGCAGCGCGCCAUUUGAGAAGCAGUGGAUCCAAGAGGUGGCGCUUGAGCUUUCGACUCUUCUACGAAAGUCCAAUCGUGGUCUCCGAGGCGCGAGCACACAGGCUCUGAAGCACCUUGUCAUGUCGCCUGCCUGCAAGGGCCAGCUUGAGACGGGUACCGUCAACACUCUCGUAUCUAGUCUACUACCAGUGAUUGCCGAUAAUGAUGCGUAUCUUAUGGGGCCCGCGCUCAUGAUCCUCAGUGUCCUGGUCCAGGAACGUGCGGACCUUGUACUCUCUCCAGAGUUGACCAAGGUCAUCUGCAACUUCUUGAAAAGCGGCUCACCUACCGUGGUCAUCGAGCCUCUAGUCUACUUUUUCACCAAUGUUGGUGAGAGCGGAAAAGGCAAGGACCUCAUGCGGGGCCUUUUGCAGAUCGUUGGCGUGCAGGGAGAGGCUACGGUUUUAGGCCAGCUUAUCGGCACUCUGCUCGUCUCUGGUGGCGAUUCUACCGGUGUUACUCUCGAAGCCUUUACGAAAGAACUCGAGAACGAUGCGAACGACGACACCAGGGCUAGUCUUGCACUGGCAGUCCUGGGUGAGGCGGGCAUGCGUCUUGGAUCGCAAUCGACCCUCCGCCCAGAGCUCUUCCUGAAGCAGUUCCGUACUGAGCCCGAUAGGGUUUCUCGCGCCGCCGCCGCGGCUCUUGGUCGAGCGGGUUCGACUAACAUUGGAAAGUACUUGCCUGUUAUCCUCCCGUUGAUGACUAGGACAGGUAAUAUGCAAUACCUCUUGGUGCAGUCGGUCAAGGAGAUCCUUCAGCAACUCCCCGUGCUGACACCGGAGAUUGAGCCAUAUGUCGACACAAUCUGGGACCGACUUCUGGAGGCAGCGAAGCAUGCGGACAACAGAGUUGCGUGUGCCGAGUGUAUCGGCCGACUAGUUAUUCUCGAUGGGAGUAGGUUCAUGCCACGGCUGCAGGCACUUCUCAAGGACCGAUCUUCGGCCCUCCGGGGUAUGGCGGUGCAGGCGGUUCGAUACACUCUCCCAGAGAGCGACGACGCGCUUGACAGCAUCUUGAGGAAGGUGCUCGUGGAUAUGCUUUACACUAUGCUCCAAGACUCGGACAUGGAAAUUCGCCGAGUUGCCAUGACCACUCUUAACUCUGCAGCCCACAAUAAGCCCGAUCUCAUCCUUCCUCACAUCGGCAACUUGAUGCCAUUCGUGCUCCAAGAGUCGGUGAUUAAGCCUGAGCUCAUCAGGGAGGUGAUGAUGGGACCGUUCAAGCACAAAGUUGAUGACGGACUCGAGGUCCGAAAGAGCGCGUAUGAGACUUUGUACGCUCUUAUGGAGACGGUGUUCUCACGCAUCAACAACAUUGAUUUCUACGACCGUGUUGUCGCAGGACUCCGCGACGAGAACGACAUUCGCGCACUUUGCAAUCUCAUGGUUGCGAAGCUUGCUGUUUUGGAUCCCGAUGAGACGGGUCGGCGACUGGACUCGAUCGCGGAGGCGUAUCGCGGGAUCCUCUCCACGAAGCUCAAGGAAGGUGCCGUCAAGCAAGACGUCGAAAAGCACACCGAGUCGAACAAGAGCAUCCUCCGAGUCACGCUUCUGCUGCAGGAUAAGCUCAAGGGCACAGGCGCUGGUCGUGGAGAUGCCAAGGCUGCCACCUCGGGAGGAUCUGGAGGUAGUCAGGUGUGGAAUGGCUACUGGGAUUGGGUUGUUAAGGACUUCGGACCCCAGUUGAAGGUGCUUCGUGACGAGAAUCGGGAACUCCAUCGGGCUUAA